GAAGAGAACUGACAACACAGCAUCUCAUUUGUUUUAUCAUUUCACACAGCUCUCUCUCUCUCUCUCUCUCUCUCUCUCUCUUAAUCAUCAACAUCCUCAUAAUUUGUCAUCUCCAUUCAUCUCUCUUUCUCUCUCUACCUAGCCUCAUCUUUUGGCAGAGUGUAGUGCAGCUGAUGAUGAUGAUGAUGAUGCCCUUCUUCUAGUUUUUCUUUUUAUUCCUGGUUUUGUUGAAUUAAAAACAAGAAAAAAGGGUUUAAAAAAUAAUAAAUCAAAUCUGAAGAAGAGGGCAGCAGCAGCUAGCACUGACUCAUAGGAAUUCUUUCUUUCUUGGCUUUUAUUUUAUCUUUUCCAGUUGUCUACUCUCUCCCUCCCCCCCUCCCUCUCUCUCCUUUUCUUUUCUUUUCUUUUUAAGCAUCACCAGAACUUCCCUUACCCUCUCUCUCUCUCUCUCUCUCUCUUUGUUGCUCUCCCAAUUCUCUUAUUAUCUCUUGAAUUCUUCUCAUUUCCCCUUAAUCCUCUUGCGAGGGAGGGGACAAAGGGAUCAAGAAAUCAUUUACGGGCUGAAUUAUCAUCAUAGAUGAAGAGAGAUCCUCAGCUUCAAGAAUCGCAAAUUUAAUAUCAAGGAAAAUUAAGUGAGUGGGGGGAGAGAGAGAGAGUCAAGUUCAGAGAUGCAACAAGGAGGUGGAGAAAGAGGGUCAUCACAGUCACAAUAUGGAGUGCCACACCAACAGGAAGGUGAUGUACCUAUAACAACUCCUACAUCUGCUGCACUAGCAACCCACAUGCAGCAGCAAGUAGUAGAAGAAGCAUCGCCCAUUAGCAGCAGACCUCCUGCCACAGCUGCCACAACAAGUGGGGUUAUGAAUUUAGAUGAAUUUAUGAGACUUUCAGGGAGUGGUGGUGCAGAAGAAGAUAUUGUUGCUGGAGAAGAUGCAGAUCGAACAGGAGGUAUUGCUAGUGGCAAUAGGUGGCCAAGGCAAGAAACUCAUGCCCUUUUGCAAAUUAGGUCUGAAAUGGAUGCUGCUUUUCGCGAUGCCACCUUAAAAGGUCCUCUAUGGGAGGAUGUUUCAAGGAAGCUAGCAGAGAUGGGAUACAAGAGAAAUGCCAAGAAAUGUAAAGAAAAGUUUGAGAACGUGCACAAGUAUUAUAAAAGAACAAAGGAAGGCAGAGCCGGUCGUCAAGAUGGCAAAAGCUACAGGUUUUUUAGCCAGCUUGAAGCUUUGCAUAAUACUACUGGUAGUGGCGGUGCUUCUGCUAGUGUCAUCAAUAUGUCUGGUGCUGCUCCUCAGCAGAUUUUCACUACAACAACAAGCAGUCUGGAUGUUGCUCCUGUUUCUGUUGGAAUUCCUAUGCCUAUUUCGUCUUCUGUUAGAAUCCCUCCACCUUCUUCUCGGGUACUUCAACCAGCUUCAAAUAUUGGCUCAAUGUUCCCUCCUGAUUUGGGGGCAACAGUGGCCGCAGCUGCUGCAGGUGCUGGCCAUGUUGGAAUCAGCUUCUCGUCGAAUGGGUCUUCUUCUUCUCCAAGUUCUGAAGACGUUGACGACGAGGAGGAGGAGGAUGAAGAGCUAUUAGGAGGACAACCAUCAGCUACGGCUGCUGGUACGAGUCGAAAACGUAAAAGGGCAUCAUUAUCGUCAGCUAAAGGAGAAACUCAUCGGAUGAUGGAGUUUUUUGAGGGACUAAUGAAACAGCUCAUGCAGAAGCAAGAGGCGAUGCAACAGAGAUUUUUGGAGGCGAUUGAGAAGAGGGAGCAAGAUAGGAUGAUAAGAGAUGAAGCUUGGAAAAGGCAAGAGAUGGCUAGAUUGAGUCGUGAACAUGAGAUUAUGGCUCAAGAACGGGCUAUUUCUGCUAGUCGAGAUGCUGCUAUUGUUGCCUUUCUACAGAAAAUUACAGGCCAAACUAUUCAUUUGCCUACGCCUGUAUCAAUGGCUCCUCCAUUUUCACUACCUCCACCACCACCACCACCAGAACCGCAACCGGUUCAAGUAACGCCAUUGUUCACUGUCUCAACCCAACCACCACCACCACAACAACUUCAACCCAUGCCACAGUCACAAGUAACACCACAACAAAAUAUACAACAGCCACAACCACUCCCCCAACAGCAGCACCACCACCACCAACAAGGGCAUCGUCAACACCAACUACCCAUUUCUUCAGAUAUAGUAAUGGCGGUCCCGGAACAACAAAUAAUACCACAGGAAAUUGGAAGUGGUGGCGGUAGCGGGAGCGAGCCAGCGUCAUCAAGAUGGCCAAAGCCAGAAGUUCUUGCACUUAUUAAGUUGAGAAGCGGGCUUGAAACUAAAUACCAAGAAGCUGGGCCUAAGGGGCCACUUUGGGAAGAAAUUUCAACAGGAAUGCAAAGGAUGGGCUAUAAAAGAAGUGCCAAAAGAUGCAAAGAAAAAUGGGAGAAUAUCAACAAGUACUUCAAGAAAGUAAAAGAAAGUAACAAAAAUCGCCCAGAAGAUGCCAAGACUUGCCCUUAUUUUCAUGAGCUUGAUGCCCUUUAUAGGAAAAAGAUUCUUGGUGGAAGUGGUGGUGGUGGUGGUGGAAGCACCUCUACUAGUGGCUUUGACAGCCAAAGUAGGCCACAAGAACAGCAGCAGCAGCAGCAAGAGAGCUUACAAUUGGACCCAAUGCCACAUCCAAUGCAGCAGCCACCGCAACAGACACAAGGCACAGAAUCACAAAAUAAAAAUGGGGCUGGUGGUGAUGUUCAAGCAAGCAAUAUAGGUUUGCCUGGGAUUCUCGGAGAAGGAAAUGGAGGAGCAGCAAAGAAGCCAGAAGACAUCGUGAAGGAGUUGAAGAAACAGCAGGGGACUCAACAACAACAGCAGCAGCAGCAACAGCAACAACAGUUAAUGGUUGAUGGCUAUGAUAAGAUGGAGGAAGGUGACAGUGAAAACGUAAAUGAAGAUGAAUAUGACGACGAAGACGAGGGAGACGACGAUGAUGAAGAGGAGGAGGAGGAGGGGUUACAAGAGGAGAGGAAAAUGGCAUACAAGAUAGAGUUCCAAAGGCAGAACACAAGUAGUGCCGCCAAUGGAGGAGGGACUGGGGCACCCUCCUUUUUGGCCAUGGUUCAAUAGUACCAUUGUCAAUAUCCUCGUAUCCUCAAAAUGUACCAUAUGUACCUAUGUGUGCAGAAGCUCAAAUCAAACAAAAGAUAUCUAACAAAACUAUUUGAGUUCAAAGCCUGACAACCAUAAAACUUCUUCCCUUUAAUUCCAUUUCCUUUCACCCCCAUAAAUUCUUUUCUCAUCCUGUGUCUUAUCUGUCCCUUUCCUUUCCUUUUCCUUCUCCUUUUCCUUCUCCUUUUCCACCAUAAUAGCUUUGUUAAGAUGAGAUGUCAUUUUGCAUGGCAAUCAUCACCACUAUUUGUACCACUUUUUCUUUCAAUUUAUUGAUUUGUUGAUUGUUGAAUAAAGCACCUGUUUGUUCAAGACAAAACAGGAGGAUUGAUUAAGGAAGACCAAAAUAAGCUUUGGCCUAGCCUAGCUUACUACCUAGGACCAACACCAUAGUCAUUUAGUCAUGUCAACAUCAUCAAAGAGAUCAGACAGAAGACAGCAGCAGCAGCAGCAGCAGCAGCCCAGAGAAGAAGAUAUGGGACGAGAGAAAGAACGUGUACAAGUUAAUUAGAGCAUGCAUGCUGAUAAUUGUGAUCAUAUAUACAAUCCUUAGGAGAAGCUAGCAGAUCAUGUUAAUUAAUUAAUGCCUUUUAUUUAUAAGCAAUAUUGCAUUCUUUCUCUUGCUUAGCUUGAGUUUUAUGAAGAUUCAUUCUUGGAUAGUUUUCCAGGAUUUCUUCAUCUUUAUUGAUAAUGUAAUCAAACUUUAUUUUAUUUUUAAUUCUUUAACUUCAGCGCA